AUGUCUCGUGGCCACAAGAAGGACACGGUGAAGAAAUCAACAUUGUACGGUGCAUGUGACGUUCUUGUGAAGCCAGUGAGCAAAGAGGUCACUGCGGUUCUAUGGCGACAUGUUUUCCACAAGAGGAUGAUGUCAAAAUCCGGUUUAGGUAAAUCGGUUGGUCUUAUAGGACAAGACAAUGAUGAUCUCUAUCAAAGCAACGAAGAAGGGUCCAAGAACGUUGAAGAUAGUGUAGAACAAAACACUUCAGAUCAAACAGGAGAGAAGUCUUCUUCCAAGAAACGGCGAAUGUCAUGGACUCCUGAUCUNCACCAUAAGUUUGAAAUAGUCGUCGAAAAACUCAGCCGCCUUGAUAAGGUUUAUCCAAAGCAUAUUCUCAAAUGUAUGCAAGAAGAGAUGAAUGUGAAAGGACUCACUAGAAACAAUGUAGCCAGUCAUCUUCAGUUUAGGUUUUUUUACUUAAGCGACAAAAAACCAUUAAUUAGGGCUAACGAUUUACAGCGAUUACGAUGGCAGAAGUACCGUCUAAAUGUCGGAAAAAAAACCCACGUUCCCCAAGAGACUGAAGAAGAUCCUGACUGGCGUAACACCGGGCCAAACACUGCUCUCGUGGCUUCUAAACCACUCCUAAACUCAGCCAUCAAUUUCCAAACUGGACUACGGUAUUUUGUGAACGAUCAAACCGCGGCUAACGCCCCGAUCCAGUAUCCAUCAAGCGGACCGAUCCAGUAUCCAUCAAACAGUUACAUGACGAUGAACAACAACCACUUUAUGAACAAUCCUUUGGCUAAUGUGCCUUAUAUUGACCCCUUUUACCAGCCGGAACAACAACAACAGUACUAUCCUUCUCUUCAUUUUCCUUCCGUUAUAUCCAAGCAAGAUCUUGGACACGUUUCAUCAGUCAUGGAAAAUUUGGAUCUCAUCUCUAACCCAGAUUUACCCUUCGAUCUGCACGAGUGUUUCCCUCCAGGAUACAACAUUUUCGAUCAGAAUACUCGAUAUUGA